GAACACACACACACACACAUUUAUAUCUGUAUCUAUAUAUAUAUAUACAGACGGUUGCUGAGAUAUAGAUGCAUACAUGCAAAACAGCUUGAAUAUGAUUCCUUCAACAGACCGCACACAGAAAGUUUAAGCUCUCUCUGACUUCUGAAUCUCAUCUCUCUUUCUCGCGCUUCUGCAAUGGCGGUCAAUUCCUGCGAGGAGUGCCAAAAUGUCCACAGUGUUGUUGUUUUGGACGAUGGAGGCUCCACUGACCAGCAGUAUGAGCCAUCCUCAAAAAUAAACUUUUCAGAAGCGCCUAAAGUGAUGCAAAGUCAGCUGUUUUUAAAUUCUAAACCUGGUUUGCACAACCAUACCAACCUACAGGUGGAUGAAGUGAACAAUUAUGCACCAUGUGUCUUGGAUAUAGAUAUUGAGAAAGGAAUGGCAGAAAGUAUCAAGUCCGACGACAAAACUGUUGGUAAUUUAAAGUCUGAUGAUUCUUUACCGAAGGCAUUACCUAGAGAUAUCUGCUUACAUAUGGGAGGGAAAUUCAUGCAGCUCUUGAUGAACCAUGGAAUUGAGUUACCCAAGUUCACUUCAAGAGAAAGAGUCUACGAUAUAGCUUCUAGCAGGUCAAGGAAAUACAAGCGAUCUCAAUCAUUCAACUCAAGAAGAGUACUUCUCCUGUUCUCAGUCAUGUCUAGCGUGGGAACGAUCAUUCUAAUUUAUCUGACGCUGAGAGUGAGGCUAAUCAGUGACGGAUAUGGCAAUGCAUGAAUGUUUUCUGCCAAAUUUUUGCAAUCCUUUGUGAAAGGAUCUCUUUAUAAACAGUAGCUUUCUUUUCUCUACAUCGUGCUGAUUAUUUUCGAUUCUUGGUCCUGCUUUGUAAGUUUUUCAUUAGUGUACAUAUUAGACGACCUGAAACUGCACUUCAGUCAACAUAUCCCCGUUCAAUCU